AUCAGCAAACUCGAGAAGAUGCAUCCAGACAACUUGAGCAAGCGCAACAAACAAAUUAUGAGCUCUCCAACGAGCAGACUGAAACAUUUAUUCGGAAUUCAGCCGGGCUAGCCCUAAAGAACUCGUUAGUGUCAUCGGAAGCUUCUCGAAGAAAUGAAAUUACACAGAGAUGGUUAAAUAUGGAUGAGGCAACAAGACAGCAAAUUAAGCAAGCGGUGCUGGCAACACUGGGGUCAAACGACCAAAGAGCUGCUGCUACCGCUGCCCAAGUUGUUUCAGCAAUUGCAGCCAUUGAACUUCCAAGCGGACAAUGGACUGAUUUAAUGAAAACUCUGUUGGAGAACGUCACUACUACCGACAAUAGUCAACUCAAGAUAGCAACAUUAACAGCAAUUGGCUUUGUUUGUGAAUCGAUCGAUUCUGAUAUCCUGGCAGCCCAAUCAGGGGCAAUCCUAACUGCAGUUGUAUCAGGCGCCAGAAAGGAAGAGCCCAAUCAGGAAGUUAGAAAAGCAGCAAUUGAUGCACUAUAUAACUCGUUAGAGUUCAUCAGGGAGAAUUUUGAUCGAGAGGGUGAACGUAAUUAUAUUAUGCAAGUCGUGUGCGAAGCCACACAAAGUGCCGAUGUCAAUGUUCAGGUUGCUGCCUUUGAAUGUUUGGUCAGAAUUAUGCAAAUUUAUUAUGAUAAAAUGCGUUUUUACAUGGAGAAGGCAUUAUUUGGUUUGACUGUCCUUGGAAUGAAGCAUGAAGAUGAAAGAGUAGCUUUGCAAGCUGUCGAAUUUUGGUCAACAGUAUGUGAUGAAGAACUUGAAUUAAUGGGAGAGGCUGCGGAGGCGCAGGAAACAGGUGAACAGCCUGAACGUUUAAGCCAUAAUUUUGCCAAAGCGGCCUUGCCUGAAAUAUUACCCGUUUUAUUAUGGCUUCUCACAAAACAAGAAGAGGAGGCUGACGAAGAUGAUUGGAACGUUUCAAUGGCUGCGGGUACUUGCCUGGCUCUCCUAGCUCAAUGCGUUGAAGAUGCUGUUGUCGCACCAGUGAUUCCUUUUGUAGAAAAUCAUAUUCGUAAUAACGAUUGGAGAUUCCGCGAGGCAGCUGUUAUGGCUUUCGGGUCAAUUUUAGAAGGCCCCGAGCAUAAAUUACUUGCAAAUUUGGUAAACCAAGCUUUACCGGUUUUGAUUGAUAUGAUGAGAGAUCCAUCUCCCCAAGUUAAAGACACAACAGCAUGGACUCUUGGACGUGUUUCCGAACUUUUAAUAGAGUGUAUCAAACCCGACGUUCACCUUCAUCCUCUUAUUACUGCAUUGGUUUAUGGGUUAAAAGAUUCUCCGCGCAUUGUGUCCAAUUGUUGUUGGGCUCUAAUGAGUUUAUCUGAUCAAUUCGGUAGCAAGGAGACGCCGCAGUCUACAUAUCAUUUAUCCGCUUAUUUUGAGGGAAUUAUCACUGCGUUAUUGGAAACUACAGAGAGGUCAACCAAUGAAUCUAACUCGCGAACAUCGGCUUAUGAGUGCAUUUCCAUUCUGGUGCAAGGGGCCGCAUUGGAUUGUUUUCAAACUAUUCAAAAAUUGACAUUUACUAUACUUGAUAGACUUGACGCUACAAUUUCCGCGCAGAAUCAAAUAGUUGGUAGUGAUGAGCGUCUUGCACAUUCUGAGCUUCAGUCAAAUUUAUGCAGUGUUUUAACGAGUAUUAUUCGUAAGCUCAAGACCGAAGUAGUACCACUUGCAGACCGAAUAAUGACAACAUUGUUGUCAUUGUUUCAAACUGCUACAAAACAUUCUACCACGUUGGAGGAUGGGUUUCUUGCUGUUGGAGCUAUUACCACAGCUGUGGAAGGAGACUUUCUUAGAUAUCUUGAAGCAUAUAUAUGUCGCGCGCUCGGAGAACAAUCGUUACCGUACUGCGAUACUUUUAUGAAUGUCCUGUUGCAAAAUCUUCAGAGCCCCGUGUUGAAUAGGAAUGUCAAACCCGCAAUUCUUUCGUGCUUCGGUGAUAUUGCUCUCGCAAUAAGUGGUAGAUUCGAAGUAUACUUGGAAAUAGUAAUGCUGGUGCUCGCGCAAGCCAGUAAUAUGCGUGCUACCGAUGGUACUAAUUAUGACAUGAUAGAUUACGUCAUUGCAUUAAGAGAAGGUAUACUGGAGGCAUAUGUUGGCAUUGUACAGGGUCUAAAAACUGGAGAAAAAGCUGAUUUACUUAUGCGAUAUAUUGAUCAAAUAUUCAAUUUCAUGAAUAUGACCUGGAAUGAUCAGGAAAAGACUGAAAUUAUCAUUCGAAGCAUGAUUGGCCUAAUUGGUGAUUUGGCAGAGGCAUUCCCAAAUGGUCAGAUUAAGCAAUGGUUCCAGUAUGAUUGUGUUACACAGGUGUUAAGGGAGGGUAGAAGUAAUCGUAAUUUACCUGCUGGGACAAGAGAAGUUACUCGGUGGGCUAAAGAG